AUUGAACUUGUAAAUCAAAAGUUAUCAUUGAAUAAAAAAAUGAUUUAACAAUUAAAUCAAUUGUCAAAAAUGAGCUUACCGAUUAUUGAAAUUGUAAAACAAUGUUUUCAGAUAUUUAUCAUCAUGGGCAACAAUUAACAUCACAAUUAACUAUCAUUAAUAGUAGACUCAACUUGAAGCCGUUGCAAUUGAAUGCUAAUCAUUUACAGUUAAUCAUCACAAUUAUUAUAAGUGAUUUAAAUUGUUUGCGAACUCAAUUAAGUGAUUGUUUUGUUGAUCUAAAAAACUACAAAAAUGGAGUCAAAACUAUUCAAUGGAUUAACUAAUUGUCGUCUCAUCUUUAAUUGUGGACAAUUAACUCACUUUCAAUUGAUAUGGUGCAACAUUAUGAGUUCAAUGAUCAAGUUAAUUGUAAUGAAAGUUAUCUCGUUUACUUCAUAAUUAACAAUGAUUCAAUUAAAAUGAAUACAAGUUAUCCGGAUGAAGGUGAUUCCUUAUUAACUAAUAAGAGCUUUAAAAUUGGACUAAUUGUUUUCUACAUUUUGAUAUUUUUCUCAACAUUUGUUGGUAAUUUGGUGGUCAUUCUAGUGGUCAUUUUACAGAAGAAAAUGAGAAAUUCGACAAACUUUUUUUUCACCAAUCUUGCGUUCUCUGACCUUUGUGUCGGAUUCUUCUGUAUAUUUCAAGAUUUAUCUUCCUUCCUCCAACCAACAUGGCCUUUCGGUGUGAUCAUGUGUAAGAUGUCAUUUACGCAGACAAUGUCCUACACGGCUUCCAUAUUUACUAUGGUCAUUAUUUCAAUCGAAAGAUAUAUUGCCAUUUGUUAUCCAAUUCGAGCUAAAAAAGUUCUACAAAUGAGAAAUUUUCGCCUCUCAAUAGGUAUGGUUUGGCUUCUUUCGGCCAUCAUUUGUGCACCAAAUCUUUGGAUGUAUGGGGUAGUCGCAGUGACCAAUAGGAUGGACGGUACUGACCACAUUUGUAUGCUUCAAAAGCUCAUUUAUAACAUAAGAUUUUUCAAUAUGAUCAAUGCUUUACUACUCUUCCUUUUACCAAUGAUAUUAAUGUCAUUUCUUUAUAUACGAUUGGGUCUUAAGUUGAAAUGCCGUCGAUUUGAUUCACCGAUAACAACAACAACUGUCCUAACAUCAUCUCUAUCUCGUGCUAGCACUUCUACUCAUACAACUACUACCGCAACUACAGCAACAACAACAACAACAACCACUACCAUUGAUGGUAACUCACCAACCUCUUCAACAACGAUAACCACACCAAAAGCAAUCAAUAAAUCAGCAUCCGCACCAACAUCUCCUAUUGAUGGUAAACGAAGGCAUCGAUUUGUUAACUUAUACAAAUUACCAAUAACUCAUCAUAAUCAUCACAAUUCAGGAGUUAACAGUUUCCGAACGGAAGAAGUGACCUGUGCCAUUGUAAGUCAACCUCCGUUUACGGGAGUAAAGUGCCUAUGGAAGAAAAAAGGAGAUUCCUUUGAGGAUUUCAGGGCAGAAUUUGCCAGAUCUUUGGGUAAUUAUGGUAAACAACCAGGUCGAGGGACUAAAAAAGGAUCUGUGAUCAAUUCCCGACGUCGAGUGAUCCGGUUACUUGUCGUGGUGGUUUUGACCUUCGCUCUGUGCCACUUUCCGAUUCACCUUCGUAAGCUAAUCCAAGAUUGGUACACGGGAUAUCAAGAGGCCUCGGUCGAGGGUCGAUUGGCGACAAUUGUGACCAACAUGUUAAUGUACAUAAAUUCGGGACUUAAUCCGAUUCUUUAUGCUCUUUUAUCAUCUAAAUUUCGUAAAUCAUUGAAAGGAUUAUGUUAAUUGUUGUAUUAAAAUACUUGAGACAACACAAUUAACUUGGUUUUUUUUGCUAUUCCAAUGAUAUUAAUGUUCAUUAAAUCAUCAGAGACUCAAUCAACUACUUGAAAUAUAAUUACAAAAGAUUAACAAUUGAUUGAUAAUUUAAUCCUUUGCAUUAAUUUAAAAUGAAACAAUUUAAUCAGCACAAAGUUUGCUAAUUGUUUCAAUCUUUUGCUAAAUACUCAUUGAUUAAAGCAAUUUGAAUCUUCAGGGAUUAAUCACUUAGCUGAUCAUUAAACAAGCAUUUUAAUUGUUGUGUCAGUGAAUUGGUGAUGAUUUAAUCAGCUAAUUGUAAUGAUACGUUUUUUAAUUUACUUUCACAAUUUGGUUUAAAAUUGAAAUGAUUAACCUGAUAGUUUGUAAACUCGUUCAACUAUAAUUAACUUGACCAAGAUUAUUGAUUAAUUGAUUGAUUGAUUUGUUACCAAUCAUAUAAAAGUAAAUAGAGUUUAUUAAAUUUUGAUUGUUCCAAUAAAAAUUGUUCUCGAUACAAACAAAUUUAAUUUAAUUCAGUUAAUCGUUAAUCUUUUUUUUUAUUAUAUUUACCUUUCAAGGUUCAUAACCUCUGAUGAUUAAGAUUUAAUCAACUUAUCAUUGUUAUUAUUUCAUUGAUGUAAAGUUUAACAAUUUAAUAUCAUUCCAAUGAUGAAAACAAAACUCUAAUUAAAUUAAUUCAUCUUUUAUCAUGUUAAUCAUCAUCA